AUGAAAAUCACCACCACUUUCACCUCCCUUCUGGCUGUGGCCCUCAAUGUCUCCUUGACCAGCGCAGCGGAUUGCUACAACUACGGUACUGGAAGCAGCGGCAUCGGUGCCUGCGCUCACCGAAGUGACAACUACAAAGACCGAGAGACGUUUUGUAGUUCCUUGGCUGGUCAAGGUUCGUGGAACCGCAAAUGCCAAAACGGUUCCCAUAAGGACCACUGCCAUUUCGAGUACCAAGGUCCCGGUAUGCCACAGCAGAUGUGCUGGGAUGCCUUUGAGAACAUCAUCAAUCAGUGCUUCACCCACCAAAACGGUGGCGGAUACCAUUCUGGAGCUUGGUCUCUCAACGGGCACUGGUUCUACAUUGACAGAUGCAGCGCAUGA